GUGGUAGUUCCGCUGGAGCGCGAAAUUGGGCAUCAGCUCUGCAGUUGUUGCUACAUUGGCAAUGCACACGGCCACCGUUGUAACCUGCUAUAUAAGUCAGCCCUGUGUUUUCACUUCCUCCGACGGGGCACCUGCCCGAAAGGAGAAGCUUGCAAGUUCGCUCAUGGAAUCUUCGAGUUGAGAUUGCCGCAGAACCAUCCCAAGUACCGCACAAGACUGUGUGUGCAUUACACACUCACUGGAGCCUGUCCAGUUGGAGAAGGAUGCUUUUUCGUUCACCGCCAUAAUCGCCCCUCUACCCCGGAGUCUCCCGACUACACUUCUGUCCUUGCACGUCCAAAUGCAUUUGUUGCCUUUUUUUUUAUUGUAUGUUCAAUCACUAGACUUGGCAAUUGGACAUGUGCA